CGUUGAUGUUGAUAUUGCACCGUUGUCGGACAGGCUGUCUGACAGGUCGUCCGACAGAUUGUCUGACAGGUCACCUGACAGGUCCGUGCAACCACGUCGCCUGCGCCCGACGCGCCCGACGAGCCCAACAAUGCAUGAUGGCCCCAUGACCGCUCAUGAGAGACGAUCGAGCGGCCGCACCCAUCACUCACCACCAACGACCGCCGUCUAUGCCCCCGGCAAGGUCCUUCUCGCAGGUGGAUACCUCGUCCUCGACCCUGCGUACUCCGGUGUCGUCGUCUCGACGAGCGCGCGGUUCUACACGACCGUGCGCGACCUCGAUGAGGCAGCGAGCGUCGCGGCCGCGAAGGCGGACCGAUCGAUUGAGAUCCCCGCGCGAUCGCCCUAAUUCGUGAACGCAAUCUGGCUCUAUAUCGUGUCCUUUGAUGGCGAGGCCGCUAAUUCGUGGUCUACCAGGUCGCAGACAUGUGGAUGGUCUGCUCGAGGUUGCCCUGCGUCGUGUCGUGAUAGGCGGGACGCUGAAACAAGUUCGUCCACCAUGCGCUCUGGUGUACGCUCUCCCUAGCACUCGGAACUCGUGGUGCUGGCACCUGCAGAACAGCCUCAGGCUCUUGCAUGGCCUCAAUAUCACCAUAGCUGGCGACAAUGACGUUGACUCUCAGUGGGCUCAGCUGACAGUGAAGAGCCUCCUGCCCACGCUCGCAUCUCUCGCACAGCUCCCGCCCUUCGCUCCAACUGGCGUACAGUUCGCUGAGGUCACAAGACGGGGCUCGGCGGCACUCAUCACCUCACUCGUCUCGAGCCUCCUCGUUCUGUCGAGUUAAUAACAUGGGGGUCUCUUGCAUACUUGUACACUGUACUGCAGUCUGCAGAGCUGACCGCAGUACUCACGAUACCUCUCAAAACAAUACAUAUUGCAUGAUGUUGUGACCGUACUUGGUACAAUACUCACAUACAUUCGUAACCUUUAUCAAGUACUUCAGACUCGUACGCUGGCACGCGCACUUUGUGGCUCCAUGGCCGUCACUACUCGUACUAGUACUCGGAGCCCACGUCGGCCACUUUCUUGCGCAUUCGGGGCCUUGUCGACACCUCCAUAGAGCCAAUUUAUAUGCGUCGUAGAAUGCGAGAAUGAGGCUUUCAAGCCAGUCCGAUUAGUAUUGAGUACUUGAGUGUGCGAGUGAGAGGUGAGAGGGAGAUCUGAG